AUUGCUGGAGGAGAGACUGCUGUGGGCGGAGAGAGUCUGGGUUAGAGAAAUGCUGUGGGUGAGAGACUGCUGUUGGUGAAGAGAGACUGGGUGAGAGAAAUGCUGUGGGUGAGAGAGACUACUGUGGGUGAGAGAAACUACUGUGGGGGGGAAGAGAGACUGCUGGAGGAGAGACUGCUGUGGGCGGAGAGAGACUGGGUGAGACAAAUGCUGUGGGUGAGACAGACUGCUGUGAGAGAGACAGACUGCAGGGUGGCUGUUUGUGGGGAAGACUGUAUAUUGGGGGGGGGGCUAAAGACUGUGUGGAGGGAAAGACUGUGUAUGAGGGGCUAAAGGCUCUAUAUAUGGGGGGGGCUGUGUGGGGGAGGAAAGCAGAGUAUUUGUUCUGUCUUGUUGUUCAUAUUAUAUACUCUUUUACAUUUUUAGAUUAUGGCACCAAAGAAACUAAUUCUGUUGAGUGAAAAGGACCCUGAAGCACAAAGAACUAACAUGCAAUCCCAAGGGCAAGGUGAUCUGACAUGUUUUGGCAACGAGCCAGUGCGAGACACACCAAGUGUGCGCAACAGACCAAGUGGACAUCACCAUCAAACAGCAGAUAAUCGAAUUGGGACAACUGAGUGGUGUAGGUGUGGCAAUUGUGUGCCCAUGAAAACUGUGGUGGAAUCCUCUUGUUGCAUGGAAGUAUCAUCUGUGGAAAAGAAAUAUCUACAACAUGGGUGCAUAUGCCAUAGCAGAAAAUUUUACCUGAGGUGUUUACGUAAAUCCCACCUGGAAUACUUGCAGAUAUUUUGGAACAUGCAACGCCCCAAAGGUGGAAUAAGCAGCCACAACAGAAAACUACGACAGACUUCCUAUCGGUCAUUCAUCGCCUGGAUUUAUGGCUACUUAGGGCCCAAGAAACGGGUGCCUAUUCCAGCCUGUGUCGUUCAAAAAGUCUGCAGCUCUUAUCCAGACCCCAAAGGCCGGUACAGAGGAUUUCUACAGGCAUUUGACUAUAAUGCUUUUGAUAUGGCUUUGGACUAG